CAGCUUUUCUAACUGGGAAGUUGUUUUGCAGUGAUCUUUGAGUGUCAGCAGUAGAGCCGCUGUUUCAUUGCAUUGAUUUACUAAUUGUCUGAACGGAUCAAAAUGGCAGAGGACCCUGAUCCAUCACAGUAUCUGAUCGUCUCUCUGGAGCAGAAGAGAAAGGAUCAAACGAAGCCCUACGAUGGCAAGAAAAUGGUGUGGGUGCCCGACGAGAAGGAGUGCUACCUCCUCGGUAACAUCGAAAGCACUAAAGGCGAUAUGGUCACCGUGGACUGUGGCAAGGGAGAAGUGCGUACGCUGAAGAAAGACCUUGUUCAACAAGUGAAUCCGCCUAAGUUUGAGAAAUGUGAUGACAUGGCAUCCCUCACAUAUCUAAACGAUGCCAGUGUUUUGCAUAAUCUCAAAGAGAGAUACUAUAAUCAUAUGAUUUACAAAACGCUCAAAAAGGACCUGUGUCAACAGGUUAAUCCACCCAAGUAUGAGAAGGCUGAUGAUAUGUCUAACUUGACUUAUCUGAACGAUGCCUCAGUUCUCUACAAUUUGAGGGCACGUUAUGAGAAUCAACUCAUUUAUACAUAUUCUGGACUGUUUUGUGUGGUAAUCAAUCCAUACAAGCGUUUCCCGAUCUACACGAAUAGAGUGGUGCAGUUGUAUAGAGGAAAGCGAAGGACUGAAGUACCGCCACAUCUAUUCGCCAUUUCUGACGGCGCGUACACCGAGAUGUUGACGAAUCGCGAGAACCAGUCUAUGUUGAUCACGUAA